AUGGCGAAGCAGUACGAUGUGCUGUUCCGGCUGCUGCUGAUUGGGGACUCCGGGGUGGGCAAGACCUGCCUGCUGUGCCGCUUCACCGACAACGAGUUCCACUCCUCGCACAUCUCCACCAUCGGUGUCGACUUUAAGAUGAAGACCAUUGAAGUAGACGGCAUCAAAGUGCGGAUACAGAUUUGGGACACAGCAGGGCAGGAGAGGUACCAGACCAUCACGAAGCAGUACUAUCGGCGGGCCCAGGGAAUAUUUUUAGUCUAUGACAUUAGCAGCGAGCGCUCCUACCAGCACAUCAUGAAGUGGGUCAGUGACGUGGAUGAGUAUGCCCCAGAAGGAGUCCAGAAGAUCCUCAUAGGAAAUAAGGCUGAUGAAGAGCAGAAGCGGCAGGUGGGCAGAGAGCAAGGGCAGCAGCUGGCUAAGGAGUACGGCAUGGACUUCUACGAAACAAGUGCCUGCACCAACCUCAACAUCAAAGAGUCAUUCACUCGUCUGACGGAGCUGGUGCUGCAGGCCCACAGGAAAGAGCUGGAUGGUCUCCGAACACGUACCAGCAAUGAGCUAGCAUUGGCAGAACUGGAGGAAGAAGAAGGCAAACCUGAGGGCCCAGCGAACUCUUCAAAGACCUGCUGGUGCUGAGGAUCCUGUGUGGAAUCCCCCCACGACUCCCUUCCCUCAGGAGGCCCGUGGAAGCAGGGGAGCCUGGGCUUUGCCUACUGCUGUCCUUUCUUUGAUGACCCUGUUGAAAAUCAGUAGCUGCUACUCCCCUGCCUGGCCCCGUGAGCAGCUCUGCCGUGGCCUCUGUGCCCCCAGCCCCUCCUGGAGCGGUGACCUUCAGCCUGUUUCCCAGCCACAGGCCCGCUGUGACCAUCUCGCCACCCCACGCUCCUGGGACAGUGAUCAAGGCUGGAGUCAAGGCCACUUAAAGACUCAUUUCUUAGUGCAUCUCGAGUUCUCUGCUUUUUCUCUUCUUUCUACUCUUCCUCCACCCACUUCCCUCCAAUG